CAGUCCAGGGCCACAGCGUGUGUGUUUGUGUGUCUGCGCAUUUACUGUAAGACUGCAGGCUGAUCAUUGCUUCCUUGUUCUCUGUUGUAUUUGGUUUCACAUGUCCUUGUGUAUUGUCGCUAGCUUUACUUCUUGUUUUAUUUUCAGUUUCACAGUGUGUGUGUGUGUGUGUGUGUGUGUAUGUGUGUAUUGCCCUCAGUUCUGUUCAGUCCUCGUGGUGUCAUCUUCAUAUGUUGAGUGUUCUGCCUCAUGCUCUGUGUCCCUGGAUUUGUGGAUAUUCCCUGUGUUUGGAUUACUUUAACCUGUUAUUGGAUUUAACCCGCGCUGGUCGGCCUUUGUUGGAUUUUCCCUUUUGUUUGGACUCUCGCCGUGAUCUAAGAAAGUCUCACUCACAACUAGAUGUGUGUGGUCAGCCAACACUCAACACCAAGAUUGUUGGAGGACAGGUGGCCUCUGCAGGCAGCUGGCCCUGGCAGGCCAGUCUGCAAACCUCUGGGUCCCACUUCUGUGGAGGAUCCCUCAUUAACAAUGAAUGGGUGCUGACUGCUGCUCACUGCUUCUACAGCACAGGCAUAGACCCAAACACUCUGACUGUGUCUCUGGGUCUCCAGACUCUACAGGGAUCAAACCCCAAUCAAGUGACUCAGACAAUCUCACAGACCAUCAUUAAUCCCGACUAUAACCCCAAUAAUCAUGACAACGACAUCUGCCUCCUGAAGCUCUCCUCACCGGUGACUUUCACCAUCUACAUCCAGCCCGUCUGCCUGGCAGCUCCAGGCAGCACCUUCUACAACGGCACUGGAGCCUGGGUCACCGGCUGGGGCGACAUUGCAAGUGAUGUGUCCCUUCCAUCCCCAGGAAACCUGAUGGAGGUGCAGGUUCCGGUUGUGGGGAACAGAGAGUGUAACUGUAACUAUGGAGUGGGCUCAAUCACAAACAACAUGAUGUGCGCCGGGUUAAGUGCUGGAGGGAAGGACUCCUGUCAGGGGGAUUCAGGAGGUCCGAUGGUGAGCAAGCAGGGCGGUCGCUGGAUCCAGGAGGGAGUCGUCAGUUUUGGUAACGGCUGUGCCCUGCCUAAUUUCCCAGGAGUCUACACCCGAGUGUCCCAGUAUCAGUCCUGGAUCAACAGCCAGAUCACCAGCAACCAGCCAGGCUUCAUCACCUUCACGUCCACUGGGACUGACGGUGACCUCAGCGUCAACUGUCCUGGACUGCCACCACCUCCAACCACCUUGGUGCCAACAACUCUCACUUCAACAACUCUCACUUCAACAACUCUCGCUCCAACAACCACAGCCCUGUCUGUGGUCUGUGGCCAAGCCCCACUGAAUUCACGUAUUCUGGGAGGAAGCACGUUGGCGACAGCUGGUGUUUGGCCAUGGAUGGCGAGCCUACAGAACAAUGGAAGUCAUGUGUGUGGUGGGACUCUGGUGGCUUUAGACUUUGUGUUGAGCGACGCCAACUGCUUCUCAAGUUCACCCAUACCGUCUGAAUGGACUGUCAUUUUGGGUCGUUUGAAUCAGAAUGGAUCCAACCCCUUUGAGGUGGAAUUGAAUGUGACAAAUGUCACUCUGAGCAACCUCACUGGGUCUAAUGUAGCAGUGCUGCGUCUGGCAACCAGACCCACCCUGUCCAACCACAUCCAGCCCAUCUGCCUGGACAACGGACAAACCUUCACUGUGGGCUCGACGUGCUGGGCUGCUGGCUGGAGCGCCGGGCAAGGAGGGGUUUAUCAAGUUCUGCACGAGUUCCAGACCACGGUGGUAAACUGUGGAAAUGCUUCAACGAGUGGCAGCAUUUGUACAAGCUUUUUUACUUUGGGGCAGGGUGGUUCUGGCGGUCCAGUGAUGUGUAAGCAGGGCAGCUCUUGGUUCCAGGCAGCAGUGUUGUCAGUUGAAAACAACAGCACCAGUCAAACACGAGCAGAUCCAGUGAUGGUCUUCACCAAACUCAGCCGCUUUGAAACCUUCCUGACUCAGACAGUGGGGACGUUCUUAUCUCCAGCCUCCAACACCACCACCACCACCACCAGCAGCAGCACAGCUGCAACCAAUACUCUCACCACCAGCAGGGGCGCUCCUGCUCACUCCCCCUUCUUCUUCUUCCAUCUCCUCAUCUUGUCUGUGUGUCUCCACCUCUUCUCAUAGAUGUGACAGGCACACUUGUCUUAAUUUUGCUUCGGUUGAAUGAAUGCUAGAGAUCAACAUAGAGAUUCUUGAACUGUGUUUCAGUGUAAAAUGAAGGGUAUAAAAUGAAAAAAAAUCAAUAGUUUAAGAAUCACUGAACAAACGUAUGUAUAAGUAGCAAGCGGUAUUCCAGCAGUUGCCAUUUUUUAAAGCUCUAUGGACCAUAAGGAUAUCUGCACCUGUUUUUAUUAUGAAUGGAUUUGUAUUUAAUACAUUUUCAAAAUAUGUGAAAUUUAAUCUAAUAUACGAUUUAUAAUAACUGAAGAUUAUUUUGACGAAUGAGUCCUAAAUGGGAUAUGACAAAAAAAUGUAUCCAGAUAUUAUGCACAUGACAAAAUAAUGACUGCACAGAUAAAAACAUAAAGAAAAACAUAUUUUAGAGGUCUGAGGAUCAGUGACAAUCUGUCCAUCAUCUACCUCAUUAUCAGAGCUACUGUACCAUAAUGUAAAUUUCUUUCUGAAGUGAAGACAGCAUUUGUUCUACAAAAUACUGAAUCUGCACUUUAAUAAAUAUUUGGUCUGAAAGAUAAAUGCCAACUUUAAAUCUUGCCAAGAAAUACUGUCCUGUAGAUGUGACAGUGCUGAACAACUUCCGCCUUUGUAUUUUUGUCUUAACCUGCUUUUAAAUGAAUGAAAUCCUUCCUGUCAGCUUCCUUUAUGCUUUGAGCACAUGUAUGCUACUGCUCUGUUUUCUUUAAAAAAAAAAAGCAGCACUCUA